AUGAUUGCUUUCUACAGUCUUCUGCUGUUCGCGGCUUGUUCUUCUGUUGCUUCAAGCAGUCCGUUCGAGUCUUGCGUGGUAGAGAAUGAACUCACCUCGAAUCCCUCGACCUGCAAUCAGUACUACCGCUGUCUGAGUGGAGAACGGAUCCUGUUCAGCUGUACAGAGGGCAAAGUGUUCAAUCCCUCCACCAAACGGUGCGUUACAUCCGACCUCUACCCGUGCGAUGAGACACAACCGGAGAUCACAACAGCGGAACCAUCGGUGCUCUGUCUUCACAACCCAAAUGGGAUCGUUCCACACCCGUCCGAUUGUGAUAAGUACAUCGUUUGCAGUGGAGGUUUGCAAACAGUGCAGUCCUGUGGAUAUCGGGAGAAUUUUUCAUGGAAGAAGUUAGGUUGUGGCGAAGACGUCUCUUGCAGUGAAUACUUUAACGGUUACGCCAGAACGCUCGAAUCAGUCGCGUGCAACCGACAAUCACUCCCGCUGGCGGAACAUCCUUACGAAGUUGGUACGUACAUUGACUGUGGCGCUCAGGAGUCUGUCAGCUGUGCCGAAGGUACAAUCUUUCGCUGGAACUAUCAGCGCUGUCUUCCGGGGCUGGUGGAAACGAACGAGUUGCAGAGUGCCGCACCUAAUUGUGGCGCCUUUGGCAAAAGCGCACAUCCUUAUCUCUGCGAGAAGUACUUCAAGUGCGUCUUCUGGAUCUCUUCACUAGAAAAUUGCCCCGCGGAUAUGAUCUACAGCGCAGAGGGCAAUGAGUGUGUUCCGGGUAACUUCCAAACGUGCACCGUCAAUCAGUAG